UCAUGUGGUUGUUAUUAUUGGUUAAGCUGGCUAUUGUUCUAUUUAUACACACACCACGUUCUUUUCAUUUGCUUAUGUUAUAGUUUCCCUAAUUGAGAGGAACAUUCAUCAUUUCAAAAAAAAAAAAAAAAAUGGAAACUGUUGAAACACUUCAUAUGAACAAAGGAGCUGGCGAAACUAGCUAUGCCACCAACUCCUUCAUCCAGAGGAAGAUAUUAUCCUUGACAAAAGAAGCAACAGAGAAAGCUAUCAUGGAAAUCCUAUGCUCAACAAGAUUGCCAAUAAUGAAAAUGGGAAUUGCUGAUUUGGGUUGUUCAUCAGGACCUAAUGCCUUAAAGGUGAUGUCAGAAAUAGUUGAAGCUAUAAAUGCAGCUUCAAACAUGUUGAAUCGACCAGCACCGGAGGAACUAAUGUUGUAUAUGAAUGACCUUUUCACCAAUGACUUCAAUAAUGUCUUUGCUUCUUUGCCAUCUUUUCACAAAAAAAUUAACCAGCAAAAUGGAAAUGAUAGUAAGAAUAAUGGGUACUUUGGUUCGAAGUGUUUUGUUUAUGCUGUACCGGGCACUUUCUAUGGCAGACUCUUUCCAACUAAGUCGAUCCACUUUGUUCACUCUUCUUCAAGCAUUCAUUGGCUUUCUCGGGUACCUGGUGGUUUGGAGGACAAAAAUGGAAGAGGGUUGAAUAAGAGAAACAUAUGCAUAUCAAAAAACAGUCCCAAUUGUGUGUUAGAAGCUUAUUCACAACAAUUCAAAAAUGAUUUUUCAUGUUUACUUGAAUCACGUUCUCAAGAGAUGGUAUAUGGUGGACGCAUGGUCCUUUCUUUUUUGGGUAGACAAUCUAUGGACCAUACAUCAUCCAAUUGUUAUUAUCAAUGGGAGCUCUUAGCACAUGCCCUUAUGACCAUGGUUUCAGAGGGUCUUAUUGAAGAAGAAAAAGUGGAUUCUUUCAACACUCCUUACUAUGCAUCUUGUUAUGAAGAAUUAAAAAUGGAGAUUGAAAAGGAAGGGUCAUUCAUGGUGGACUCUCAAGAAGCUUAUGAAGUUGAUUGGGAUGAUGAGAUGUAUUUGCAAAGUGAUCAUGAUUCAUUAAGAACAAUGUCAAAAGGAGAACGUUUUUCAAGAACCAUGAGGGCUGGAGUUGAGUCAAUACUAAAUUAUCAUUUUGGGAAUCAUAUAAUGGAUAUGUUGUUUCAAAGGUAUGCUAUACUUGUGGAGGAUCAUUUGUCCAAAACUAGGGCCACAUUUUUCAAUUUGAUUAUUUCUCUUGUCAAACUACAUUGAAAUGAAACAAAGAUGCACCAAAUAACAACAACAAUAGAUGUUUGUUUUCACUUUUUUUUGGUUUAUAACCACCGGUUUAGUCCGGUUCGGGGGAACAGCUCUGGCAUCAAGUGGGUCAAGCCCCCUCCCGAUCGCAGUUGCGGGGGAUCGAACCGUGGUUCUCCCUACCAAGUCCAGCGCCAAUCACCACUAGACCAACUAACGAUUGCUUUUUGUGUGGUUCACGUCUAUUCUAGUACAACUAUAAGAGUUGAUGCAUAACUAACUAUACAACAAAUUCAUAACCAAUGAAUGGUUAUUGGUUGGUUCUACUAGUAAUGACUUGGAUGCCCUCAUCAAUCAAGUUGUUAUUAGUUGAUUUUUUUUUUUGUAAUUUGGAUGUCCUCGUCAAGUUGUUAGUAGUUGAUUUUUUAUAUUGAAUUAUAACGGUGAAUAGGGUCUGUCCAAUCAUUCAAAAAAAAUUAUGAUCUAAUUUA